GCAUGGCCUGGCUCCCUGGGAAGAUGGCAGCUUAAUUGCUCAGCUCCAGCUUAUCCAACUCGAUAAUAACUAUCCCAUAAGCCAACUAUCCCUGGCAGACCUGGUAUGCCCUGGAGCCUCAAGCCACAUGGCGACAUUGACACCAACACUAAGUAGCCCAGGGACCUCAAACCUAGGAGAAGGUGAUACCUUGACACUCCUCAGGCAAUUAAAGGCUUAUCUCCAUGCCAUAUACACAUCCUUUUUCACGAAUGUGGACACUUCUAUCAAAGGGGAUAUCCAUCAGGAGCUGGCAGAUCACCUAAGAAACAUUGCAGCUCUUGAAGAGAGCCCUGUGUUCUGA